GACAGGCAGUCAAGGGUUUUCGCAGACAUUUGCGGUAGAGAGCUUUAUUUGCUGCUGCUGCUUCCGUCAUAAACCCCCGUGCAAAAAUAAUGGGUAGCGCCGCUGUGGAGAAGACCGAGGAAGAGCUUCGAAAGGAGAUCGAAGAACUCAACCGCCAAAGAUGGGAGAUAACGGAGCGGCUUCGCGAUCCAAGGGGUCUCCGCCGCGGAGGCUUAUCUGGACCCACUGGUCCUCGGAAUUUCGCUGCCAACGGCGGCCGUCAGCGAGGAUUUGUCAGACCUGCUGAAAGAAAUGAUGUCGAAGAGCAACCCCCAGCAAAAAGGCGACUCUCUUCAGCUAUAGUGAAGGCGGCUGAAGAUGGAGAGAUUCAUGAGGAUGCUUCUGCCGUGGCUGAAAAUAAUGCAAAGAGGAAGGAUUUAGCUGUGGAAGUUGGUAGUGGUGGUGGGACAGUCACUGCGAACCUGAGUGAGAGAAAGCCAUCUGCUUGGUCAAGGAGGGAUGGCAAUCAAAGGCCAAUGAAGAUGGACUUUGAUAUUCCCCCAACGGAGCACGUUCCGAGGGUAUUGCCGAAGGAUGAGGACCCAAGUUUGGUUAAAAGAAACAAAAGAAUGCUCGGACAGCUUUUGGGGACCUUGGAGAAAUUCAGGAAAGAAGACAUGCAACUUGCAGGAACAGAGGCGUAUAUGCGGAGGUCGGAUUCUUUGCAAAGAGCCGAGCAAAGGUCACGCGAGGAAAGUGAAAGGCUAAGGCAGCAGGAACGUGAACAAAUUGCGGAGAAACGGAGAAGAGAUUUGACUCUACGCGCACGUGUUGCUGCCAAGGCUGAGGAAAAGAAGUUAGAGUUGCUAUUUCUUCGGUGGAGUGAGCACCACAGAAAACUUGGCAACUUUCAAAGGACUAAGGCAGAGCCUUCAAUAUAUUAUUCGUUUUCUAAGCCGAUGGAUGUUGAUGCAACGCUGAUUGAGCAGCAGAAGGAACAAAAUUUUCAAGAGUGGAAGGCAGCAAGGAGAGAGGAACUGUCUGAAUAUCAGAAGCAAAUUGGGGAGCAGCAUCUUGCUAACGUCGAAAAGGAGCUGGAGAGGUGGCAAAAUGCAAGAAGAGCUAGGAAGCCAAACAACGAUAUGUUGAACUUACAAGAGACAAUGGACAAAGAACUGGAGACCCACAGGCUAGAGCAUGGCCCCAAGACACGGAAGAUCCCUGGCAGAGGAGAAAACGAAGAUGAAGAUGACGUGGAAGACAUCAAUGUUGGGGAGGAUGACUUGAUGGAUGAUGUGCUCGGUGUUGGUAGGGGUGACGAAGCAGCCAAGGCAGAAGCAGGUAAUGUGGACUAGUGAGUGUUUGCAGCAUUCUAAUUACGCCUUUUGCUUAUGCUAUCUUUUGUGUAGCCGUUUGGUUUGUAGCUGUAACCAUUAUUUGCAUUUGGGAGUUUUUUUUUUUUUUUUUUUACUUUGGCUGUAGAAUCUUCAAGUUAUUUGGGGUUGUUAGUGACUACUCCAGUUUUCUGAA